AUGCACGCCCCUUCAGUCAUCAGCCUCCUGGUCUCUGGCCUCGCCGCCUCCACGGUUGCCGGCUUCGACCUGAACGCCCCGGGUGCCUCCCUGUCCCGCCGCAGCGUCGCCCUCGUUGCUGCCGCCGUCGGACCCGCUCUUGCCCUCCCCGCUGACAUCUCCAUCGAGGCUCGUCACCACCAAGGCAAGGGCAAGAAGAAGAACAAGGCCGCCGCUGCCGCCAACAACAAGCGCCAGGAGGAGGACGAUGCGGAGGAUGAGGAUGAGGAUGAGCUAGAGGAGCGCAGCCUCGAGGCUCGUCAUCACCAGGGCAAGGGCAAGAAGAAGAACAAGGCCGCCGCCGCCGCCAACAAGCGUGACGUUGAGGAGCUUGAGUCUCGCGAGCCCCACCACCAGGGUAAGGGCAAGAAGAAGAACAAGGCUGCCGCUGCUGCUCGCGAUGUUGAGGAGCUCGAGUCCCGCGAGCCCCACCACCAAGGCAAGGGCAAGAAGAAGAACAAGGCCGCCGCCAACGCCGCCCGUGACGUCGAGGACCUCGAGACUCGCGAGCCCCACCACCAGGGCAAGGGCAAGAAGAAGAACAAGGCCGCCGCCAACGCUCGUGAUGUCGAGGAGACCACCCAGCAGCUCGAGUCCCGCGAGCCCCACCACCAAGGCAAGGGCAAGAAGAAGAACAAGGCCGCCGCCAACGCUCGUGAUGUCGAGACGGUCGAGCAGCUUGAGACCCGUGAGCCCCACCACCAGGGCAAGGGAAAGAAGAAGAACAAGGCCGCCGCCAACGCUCGUGAUGUCGAGACGGUCGAGCAGCUUGAGACCCGUGAGCCCCACCACCAGGGCAAGGGAAAGAAGAAGAACAAGGCUGCUGCCAACGCCCGCGACGUCGAGGAGAUCGAGACCCGUGAGCCCCACCACCAAGGAAAGGGCAAGAAGAAGAACAAGGCUGCUGCCGCCAACUAA